CUCGCCUUGACCGAUGUGGCGAAAAAGGACUCACCGGGCUGUGCCGGACCAGCCGUCCACCAUUCAACAACAUUCCCACCACAACACCAGCAACCACAUCGCCAAUACCACGCUGGUGGCGCCAAAGGGCAGUUGUUUACAAUCACCAACUCAGAUUGAUUUGAGCCUGGCAUCUCAUCUCUACAUACAACGCAUACACACCAGAAGCAACAAACAUGGUGCUCUCAGCCUCCCUCUCGCAAGCCUCCCUAGCUGCAACCAUUCUCGCGUCUACUAUCGGGACCUAUAUUGCCCUCUCCCCUCCCAAUCCCAGCCCGAAUCCUCGCUCUUCCUCCGAGGUCUCCGACUCGAUCAGCCGCUUAAGUCUCACUAGCAAGCACACAACCAAGGUGGUACUCGCCCCAUUGGGUCUCUUGGCGCUGCACACCUCCAGUCUCGCCUACACCAGCCCGAAUAUACCCUCAUUCCUCCUCCAUCACGGCGCUGAGAACGGCUUGGAGGUUGGCCUUGUCACGUGGUCAACAGCAACAGCCGUCCCGCUCGCACUCAUUCUCUGUGCUGGCGUUCCCCUGCGCCUGGCUUCAUAUGCCUCCCUCGGCAAGAACUUCACUUUUGCGCUUGCGCCACCCGACCGGCUAGAGAAGGGCGGCAUGUACAGCUACGUGCAGCAUCCCAGUUAUACCGGGCUGGUGGUGCUUUUUCUCUCGAACUUGUCGUUGCUAUGUCGCACCGACGGCGUUCUGAGCUGCUGGAUCCCGCCUUCGUGGUACCAAGCCGUCUCUUUCUUGGGCUGGGUAUCUGCCCCCGUUGGAGUGGGUAUCUUCUUGUUUGGCGUAUGGACUCGUGUGAGGCAGGAAGAACGUAUGUUGAAGGCUAGAUUUGGCGUUGAGUGGGAGGAGUGGCAUUCCAAGACAGGGAGGCUUUUGCCAUGGAUAUUCAAGUAAUGUGAGCAUCUCUCGGGAAAGACUUCUGAAGAAAAGUAUAUUUAGUCUAUAUACUUAAGCCCUGUUAGUCUCUACCUAAAUUUAGUGGUGCUAUGAGCAAAUCUCGUAGUUGUAAUAGCCUUCUGCGUAGAGUAUUGUCUGUGUCAAUUGGCAUACUGGAGGAGC